UUCGUCUCUUUCGUUUUCAUUUCCCGGAAGGAUUCCACUUAAUAUUGCAGGCGAUCCGCAUAAGAAAAAGACAAACUCUGCUGUGCGACAAUACGACGUCACGCGACUCUAAACGCCUUAUUUUGUGUAUAUUUUGAACAGUUGUUGAUAUUUUAAUCAGUUAUUGAUAUUGUCGCGAAAAAUUGGAAGAGAAGUCUUGAAGGUUAAAGAACAUGAGUGACGCCUCCUCUCCGCCACCUUUAAUAAAGAGUUGUAAUGGGAACGAGCCCUCAGUUUGUGCGCCCGUUCAGCCCAUGCCUCGAGACGGACCUCCCCCCAUGAAUGAAGCCAUGCCUGAUGAACUGUGCAAGCUCCCUGGAAGACUGCGGAUCAAUCCUUCUCUGUGGGAUAAAGAGGAUGUGAAUCUCUGGCUGCGCUGGGCUCAGAGGGAAUACUCUUUGCGACGUGCGGACCACCAAAGAUUUGAGAUGAACGGAAAGGCACUUUGUCUUCUCACCAAAGAGGACUUCCGUCUCCGCUGUCCCAGCUCUGGUGAUGUUCUGUAUGAACUCCUUCAACAUGUGAAGCAGCAAAGGAGAUGUGCAAUCUUCAAUCCGCUGGCCAACUCCAACACACACACACAACAGAUGCUCGACUCGCAUGGGACCACAGGUCCUUGUGCUCCGUGUAACAGAAGUGUUCCUGUUUGUCCUGUGAAUCCAAAUUCCCGGGUGUUAACAGCCGGAUACAGCACAGAUCACAGCCAGGAGGGAAAACUCUUGUCUUCUUACCCUGAGCAUCCACAAGUCAUACAAACAGGACCCACCAAAGCGCGUCCAUCUUGUGGCCUCCAAGUGUGUCCCGGCCGGCCCUCUGCAGAGCUUUCUCAACAUUCUCCCAAGGAAGGACUGCAACAGAAAUCUCCAGACAAAACCAGACAGCCUGUAAAUGUUUUCUGUACAGAUGAACCUCUCAACCUGUCCAGUAAACCUGCAAACACCACACACACCACUGAGGCCAAUGGAAAGAUUCCAGACUGCAAACUGUUAUGGGACUAUGUGUACCACCUGCUGUCGGACAGUCGGUAUAAGGCCUUCAUACGCUGGGAGGAAUCGGACUCCAUGGUCUUCAGAGUGGUGGAUCCCAAUGGACUGGCACGACUCUGGGGCAACCACAAGAACAGGGCCAAUAUGACCUAUGAGAAAAUGUCUAGAGCAUUGCGCCAUUACUACAAGCUCAACAUUAUCAAGAAAGAGACGGGGCAGAGACUGCUCUUCCGUUUUCUCAAGACGCCUGAGGAAAUAAUGCAAGGCAGGUCGGAGCGUGCAGAACCGCCAGAGUCUCCCGAUAGUCCCGCGUCCCCUGACUACAGAGAAGACGCUCUGGAAGUAUCACCUGUAUCGACCCCUACCACCCCGAGUCCCAGCUCUGACCACAACUUCAGCAUAUCACCAAUCCCAUGACACUCACUUCUGCAUUAAUAAACCUGGCCUUUUAGAAUGGGAGACCCCAGAGCCGGACGUCAAAUUCAGAAUGAUGUGAAAUACAGACUGCCAUCUACAUCCCCAGAGAUUGCUGAUAUCCUGUCGAGGAACCAUUGGAAUAUUUUCGGAGAUGCUAAGUUUAGGUUUACUUCACACAGUUUUGACUCAGGGUAGUUUAUGCAGAUGUUUGCUGUGAGGAUGUGUUGAAAACUACAUGAAAUUCAUCAACGCAACAAUCAUGAUUGAUUCUCAUAGUCUUGUUGUCAAGUUGAUAUGAAAAACGUUCUCAGGUUGCAAAACUAUGCAAUGUUAUUUUUUAUAGAUUUGUGAACUGUACUGCAUUAAUUAAUCAAACGGCAUUAAUAAUAUGGGUGACACUUUAUUUCACAGUCCUAUUCCGCUGGAAUAUACUAUGUACUUAUAGUAAUUUCAGGGUAAUAACUAAGUACUAGUCCUGAACCUACACCUAAACCUAACCUUAACCCAUGUAGCGACUUUAUAUUCCCUAGUGCUUCCUUAGGUAAGUACACUGUAAUUACACGUAAGUGCACAUACUGUAAAAUAAAGUGCAUCCAUAAUAUGUACACUGAAAUCUGUUUUCAUGAAUUCCCUAUUGAUGCUAUAAAGGUAACUGACAAAUUAGAUGCUCAUACUUUUUAUAUGUAUAUUUUAGGUUAAAAUAAAUAUGAAU